AUGAAAUUUGCGAAAUUGACCAGCGUUCAUGUUUAUAGCGUUGGAUAUAGUAAACCAAAGGUCGAUUCAGAACUUGCUGUGGUGAAUCAUGCCAUUCAAAAAGAAACGACUGAACCGAGAAACUUCAACGUCAUAAAAAAUAAGAAUGCUGUCAUUGCAGAUAUUUCCCGAUCUGCUAUAGUACCACCACGGAAGCCGGAGCUUUUGAUGAAGGUUAUGACAAAAGAAACGAAUCUUACGGUCAUGACGAAAGAAACGAAUCUUACGGUCGAAAUUGCUAAUAAGGCUUCAACAAAUAAACCGCAACCAAUGGAACAGAAAUUAACGAAAAGUAGAAAGACUGGUACGAAGGUGUACAGGGAUGCCCGAGGCUUUUUAGUAACUGAGGAUGUUGUUGAACGGGAAGCACGUUCUGAGGACAAAUCAGCUGUACGAGACGUGACGUCUUCUAAAAUGAACAGAGCUUGUAAUUCAUCUGAAAACAACGCUACUAGCCCGAAAUCUACCAAGAGAAAGCAUAAUGGUAGUAUGGGACAGAAGACUUUAUUAAGUUUCUUUGGAAAGACGUAG